AUGGGUUUGUCAAAAGAAACUACAGCUACAAUUGAUUUUGAUGAUCCAAAGUACCGUAUUAAACCUUACCAACAAAUGAUUGCAUCAUGUACUGGUGCACUUGUGACUUCAGUUUUUGUGACACCCUUGGAUGUGGUUAAAACUCGACUACAAGCUCAACAAAAAGCAAUGUUAUCAAAUAAAUGUUUCGUAUAUUGUAAUGGAUUAAUGGACCAUCUUUGCCCGUGUAAUGGAAAACUACCGACUUGGAUGAGAGAAAAUGGAAAAUUUACUGGAACAGUUGACGCACUUGUAAAAAUAUCUAAAAGAGAAGGAUUUUUUUCACUUUGGAGCGGUCUCAGUCCAACCCUAGUUCUCGCUGUACCUGCUACUGUUGUAUAUUUUGUAUCUUAUGAACAACUAAGAUUGAAUCUCAAGGAUUACUAUAACAGAAAUUCUAACAAACAUCGUAUACAUCAAACACAGCCGUUUUGGAUACCAAUUGUCGCGGGAGCUACCGCGCGAAUAUGGGCUGCUACAUUGGUUAGCCCCUUGGAACUUAUAAGAACUAAAAUGCAGUCCCAAAAAUUGAGUUAUAGAGAAAUUGGCGAAGGAUUAAAGACAGUUGUGAAAUACGGUGGAAUAUCAGGAUUAUGGAUGGGUUUAAGCUCAACUUUAUUCCGGGAUGUGCCAUUUAGUGCUAUUUACUGGUGUGGCUAUGAAGCUAUUAAGAAACUACUUCCUCCUGAACAACAUACAUUUUCUUUCAAUUUUACAGCUGGUGCACUUGCUGGUUCAAUUGCUGCAUUUUUAACGAUACCCUUUGAUGUAGUUAAAACCCACCAGCAAAUAGAAAUGGGCGAAAAAAGAAUUUAUACUGGCCUUUUUACCGGACUAACGCCUAGAAUAAUAAAAGUAGCACCAGCUUGUGCCAUUAUGAUUGCAAGCUUCGAACACGGAAAACGUUUCUUUUUGCAAUAUAAUCGUGCUUUAGCUUAUCAACAAGAGCAUCAUCACCCCCAAAAACAUCGUUGA